AUGCCGGUCCAGCUCUCCUUUCAGGUGUCCCAAGUGUCUCUGAAUAUGAACAGGGGAAUGGAGCAUUUGGAGCAUCUUGAACACCUGCAACACCUGCAACACUUGGCCAGUCUUCAAGGAUGGCUGCAACAACACAUUGUAGCUAACCCUUUUCAAGUUUACAGUGAAGCAGAAUUUGUUGACAGGUUCAGACUGACAAAGGAAUGCUGCCUACAACUUUUGGAAUCUAUCCAGGAACAACUGCCAAUUGUGGAAAGCAACAAAGGUCAUCCUAUAUCUCCCCAGCUACAGCUUCUCCUUGCCCUGCGGUACAUGGCUACAGGAAAUUUUCAGUUAACCCUGGCGGAUGGUUCAGACGUCUCCCAGCCAAGUGUCAGCAGGUGCACAGCAAACAUCUCUCAGAGGAUAUCAGAACUGGCACCAAAAUACAUCAAGUUCCCCGAUCCACAAACUGAAGAUGUGUUGAUGUGCCAGUUUGCGGAUAUCGCGGGCAUGCCAGGAGUGGUGGGCUGCACUGAUGGCAUCCACGUACCAAUCAAAAACCCUGGAGGCGAAGAUGGAGAACUGUAUCGUUGCCCCAAGGGUUACUUUUUAUUGAAUGUGAUGGGUGUGUGUGAUGCAUCCUUAAAAUUUACAAAUGUAGUUGUUCAUUGGGCUGGUAGUACUCAUGAUGCUAGAAUUUUUAAUGAAUCUUUGUUAUGUGAAAGACUAAGAACAGGGUUAUAUAAGGGAUAUCUCUUGGGGGACAGUGCAUAUCCCUGUAGGUCUUACAUUUUAACUCCUGUUCUUAAUCCAAGACCUGGGAAGCAGAGCAGGUAUAAUGCUUCACAUAUGAGAACAAGGAGAGUAAUAGAGAGGGCAUUUGAUGUUCUCAAGAGGAGGUGGGCUGUCCUUUCAGCCCCUUUGAGAACCAAGUUGGAGACAUCAAAAAAUAUCAUUAUGGCAUGUGCUGUUUUGCACAACAUUGCAGUCACCCAUGAUAUUGCUCUGGAUUUACCAGAAGGUGAACAACUUGAUCCUUCAGAAAACCCUGACCCUCGGCCUCAAGAUGUUCAGGAAGACUUUAAUCGUAGAAGUUCUGUAAUUGAAAAUAUCUUCUGA